AUGGAUGAUGAUGUAGAAAUUACUAAGGUGAAUGUGCCUAAUGCUGAACCAGUUGUCAAUGAACAUGUGGAUGAACCUGUUUUGAAUGAGUCAGCUGAGGGUGAUUUUGGUUUGAAUGAACCUGUUAUGAAUGAUGCAACUGAGGAUGAACCUGUUGUGAAUGAUGCAGCUGAGGAUGAACCUGGUUGUGAAGAUGACUUCAGCCAAGAUAGUAACUUUUGUGAGGAUAGUGAAGAGUGUGAUGAGAUGGAUUGGACAUCAGUGUUACCCCCUGAGACAUUAGGUGAAACUUGUAGUGGAGUCAACUUGCCACAUGAAGCUUUAGAUGAAGAAGAUGAGGAACAUUUAUAUACACCCCCUGGUAGUGAUAAUGAAGAAGAUGCAGAAAAGUUUCCAACUUACAAGAGUGGUGAAGGAUGUGAUUUCAAAUUAGGGAUGAUGUUUACAAACAAGGAGAAAAUAAGGGAUGCAAUCAAAGAGUAUGGAAUGGAAAACCAGAAGAAUGUGUUCAUUAGGAAGAAUGAUGCUAGGAGGAUUGUUGUUAAGUGUAUGGCUGGUUGUAAGUUUUAUCUGAGGUUCAGUAAGAGGAAUGGCCAGCAAUUUUGGCAAAUUGUGAGCUAUAUCAGUGAGCAUACAUGCUAUAGGACUGCAGACAAUAGGAAUGCAAAAACACAAUGGCUUGCUAUAAGGUUUGCACAUGUGCUAAGGCAUAGUCCACAUAUGAAGCCAGCUGGACUUGUGGCUGAAGCACUUCAGAGAUGGGGAUGCAAGAUUUCAGCAGACCAAGCAUAUAGGGCAAAAAGAAGGGCAUUAGAUCUAAUUCAAGGUGCUGACUUUGACCAAUUUAGUCACCUAAGAAGUUAUGCAGAGGAGUUGUUGAAGUCCAAUCCCAAUAGCACUAUUGUUAUAAAACCUCUCAUUGGAUUGGAUGCUUGUUUCUUGAAGGGGGGAUAUGGAGGGCAAUUGAUGUCAGCAAUAGGAAGAUAUGGGAAUAACCAAAUAUAUCCAAUUGCAUAUGCAGUGGUUGAAGCUGAAACAAAAGAUUCAUGGGAAUGGUUCUUGCAUCUACUGUUAGAAGACUUAGGUAAAUUCAAUGAUAAAGCUUAUGGGUUUAUUUCUGACCAGCAGAAGAAAAAGAAGCAUUCAGGAUUGGAGCUAAAUCAAGUUAUGUGGGCAGCAGCUAGAGCAACAUCAAUUCCAUUAUGGGAGAGAUCAAUGGAGAAAUUGAAGCUACUAGAUGGAGAUGCAUGGAAGGACAAGAUGGACAUUCCUUCUAAAUUCUGGACAAGGGCACACUUCAAGACCUAUACAAAGGCAAUCCUAGAGCACAGAGACAAGCCCAUCAUAACCUUGUUGGAGGGAAUCAAGCACUACAUCACAAAAAGAAUUACAAAACAAAAGGAUCUAUUACAUGGCUAUGAAGGAGAUAUAUGUCCUAGAAUCCAAUUGAUACUUGAGAGGAACAAAAAGGAAGCACAAGAGUGGACACCAACUUGGCAUGGUGAUGAUGAUCUCUCCAUAUUUGGAGUGACCAAGGGACAAGAUACAUACUGUGUGAAUCUUAAGAGUGAAACUUGCAGUUGUAGAAAGUGGGAACUGUCUGGAAUUCCAUGCUGUCAUGUUAUCUCUUGUAUAUGGAACAUAAAGAAAAAGCCAGAAACUUAUGUCUCCAACUAUUACAGCAAGGUAACUUUUGAGAAGACAUAUGCUAAUAUUGUCUUUCCUACAAAUGGGCCACAACUCUGGCCUAGUGUUGACCAUGUGGUCAUUAGUCCUCCUGUCAUGAGAAGAGCAAUUGGACGGCCAAAAAAGAUGAGAAACAAGGCAGCUGAUGAGCCAGAGAAUCCUCAUGUGCUUUCAAGAAAAUUUGCAACAGUGACUUGCAAGAAGUGUGGACAAACUGGUCACAACAAGAGAACAUGUAAGGGUAAGAGAGCGGCUGAUAGGACAAUACCAAAAGGAGGUAACAAGUCUAAGAAGGCAAAGACUACAACUUCAACAAAGAAGGCAAAGACUACAAAGAAGGGCAAGGAAACCCAAGUUGAAAUUGGACAGGGAUCCCAAGCACCACCAGCUACCCAAGACUGA